UUUGUAGACACUAUGAGCACUGCUCGAAGGUUAUUAAGUUUCCUGUGAUAAUCAAAAUAUCUGUGGGUCACAAGUGUGAUGCUGAAUAACAAAAAUAAAAGACUCCAGAUUUUACUUUUAACAGAUAAGAACAAAUUUAUACAAAAGAAAGCAUGGCUCAGCCAUGGAACAUGUUUCAGUUAACUGAGUGCAGACUGUUAGCUACUUUCAUUUGCCGUGAAACGACCAACCAUGGAACAGCUACUGUAUUUAAAAAAAAAAAAAAAAAAGCGAUGAUUAAAUCUUGCAAAGAAACUGCACAAAUCAUCCUAUAAAUUCAUUCUUAAUUGAAACAAAAGAAGGAGCACUUUCACUAAUGGGAUUUCAGAAUGUGGAUAAGAUAACACUUUAUUUAUCCCAGAGGGCAGUUCAGGAAAUGUUUUGGUUGAUAUAAUGCACUGUGAAUCAGAAAAGACUCGUGGAUCAGAGCAACAGAAUGGCAAACUGGAUCUUCUGAAGCGGCAAAAACCAGGCCUAUACCAACUGAAAAUUUAGGGAACUACAACAGCAGCUAGCUAAAAGUUGUGUAUCUCUGACAAAAUUAAAUGAGCAACUUCAGAUAUAAUUUCAAUCUGAAGCUAAUGUUUAUUUGUUAAUACAUAAACAUGCCACACCUGUUGAAAUUACCAGUAUUCUAUGGGAUUAUCAGUCAUUGAUGCCUUGACUGAUAUCAGUCUGGGGGAGUACAUGGAUAGAUGCAGCAGCUGAGAAGACCUGCCUUUCAGGCACUACUGAGCAGGUCCUGCGCAGAACGGCCAGUCCACUCCUUCACAUUCAUAAGCCAGGUCUUCCUUUGCUCACCUUGGCGUCAACCACACUCAAGGUACCUUGAAGGACGGUCUUCGAUGGAGUGUCACGCCGGGUCACAUGGUCAAACCAGACCAACUUAUGCAGCUUGACCGUCAAUGGGACAGUAACAAUGCUUAGACAGCAGUCACUUGGUGAUCUUGGCAAAGAAGAGGCCCUAGUCAUGAAGGAAUUAGAAAUGCUGUCACCCACAAUGAUGUGGCACAACUUAGGGCUCUGUUGUUGAAAAACAAGCAUCAAUGUACCACUGAAUGACAAGCAGGAGACUGCACUAAUGAUAGCCAUUAAACAUAGCCAUUUACAUAUUGUACAGCUUUUGAUGAACAGCAGCGAGUGUGACCUCACUGUGCAAAAUAUAAAUAAUUACUCCCCUUUUGAUAUAGCUGUCAUCACUGCAUUUGACAGUCGACAAGGGCCUUCUCAUAAUUUGUGCUGGGAGAUAGUUUAUCUUCUGAUGAGAGCAGGAGCUGAACCUGCUUGCCCUGAAGCAAUGCUCUAUGUCUUUCGCACAGCACUUAAGAUGGAAGAUGCAGUAUUUCUGAGACAUUUCCUCACAGCCUGCAUAGAGCACUGCACCUCUCAUCUGGUUCAUGAGCGUGUGCUGCUAAAACUUCACCGCAAUCAGCCUCUUUACAUGGCUGAGUCAGGCAUUGAUGAAUUCUUAGAGCUGGCUUCCUUCUUCACUGUCAAGCUAAUAAAGACAACAACAUGGCAGAAGUUGCCAGGACUAAUACAGACAUUUGUAUAUUAUAUGGAGUCACACUGGUCACGACGUUUUCUCAAAGAAAAGAUAUAUCGACGACUUGUGCUGUAUGCCUCAGCAGCAGGCUGGCAGUGGAGUGCUAGUGACUUGGUGCUCAUCAGAAAUACAUCCCAAACAUUGGCACAGUGGUGUCAGAAUUUACAGUGCAGCCCACUUUCUCUCUCUUUUGCCAGCAGGCUGUCAUUUCGUAAGAAAUGUGAACAGUCAGUAUCAUUCUGCCUCACAUUCAUUAACAUUCCAGAUGCAGUCAAAGAAUACAUAUUGCUGGGUGAUGUGGAUCUCUUGCUGAAAAGUGAGAAAGGGGUAGAUCUGACAAAAGUGCAGAUGUGAAAAGAAGUUUAUGGAGUUCCUCUUCUGCUUACAUUAUGGAGUACUUGCAAUCAAUUAUAUGACUAUGAACAGUUACCUGCCUUGUGUAAUUUAAGUCCUCUUGUGAUGUCAGAUUGUCAGGAUGAGCUUCAUGUUAGUAGUUCAUGAUUUCUUUUUUCACACUAGUUAUGGCAAUGAGAUUGUUUAUGCACAGGAAAUGCACAAAAGAAACAUAAAGGAGACAAAAUAAUGCCCCUACACCAACCCUUUAAAUUAUAGUAACACAUUAUCCCUCUAGUUACCUUUGCAGGACCCAAAAUAACUAAUCAAAUGACCAUCUAAGCAAAAAAUAUGUCAGGUUGCACAAAGGUAACUUAUUACAUGACUCGUUCUUAAGUCUUUUAAUCGCACUCAGGACUGGCUCCGCAUGUGUCAUAUACCGCAAUGCAAUUUAAUCUCCCCUUGACCACUUUUGACAUCCAACUACAUGUUUGUUAUUCAGAGGUCGUGAAAAAUAUGUCAGCUGAUGAACUCAGUACUUGUAGUAAAUUUUACUUAUGAAACAGGGUCAGUAAAGAGAUCAGUAGUCACAGAAUUUAUGAGUACAAAACAUUAAUUUUUUAAUCUGAUAAAAUAUUGAAAUACUUUGGAUGUUUUAUUUAUUUGUAUUGUGAGAAUUGUUUUUGAAAUUUAUGCUUUGUGAACCACUUAUGCAAAGUUUGUGAAUGGUAUUCUCAGACCUGUUCACUUACUCUUAGACUUUUAGAUUUAUUACAAAAAAUUUAAGAAAAAGUCUCAUAGUGACUACAAUAUUUAUUAGGUUUUUGACCAUGCUCUUUUUUGCCAGUUAAACCUUCUAAGCUUAUUUCAAAGAAACACAAAAUAAGUUUUAAAUGUGUACUGUUUGAUACAAUUUGAAUAAACAUUUAUGUGAAACAACAUGUUUAUAAAGUAAGGUAAAGUUAAAAAAAGGCAGUUAUUUUUUUAUGUGCACCAAACUAUUUGUAGGGUAAGCAGUUUGAGACAACAUUUUUUAUUGUUAUUCUACUCACGCUUAUCCACAUAAAGGAGGCACAUUCAUCCAAUUUACAAAUAAAAUUACUGUAUACCUAACUUGGAUACUUUAAAGGUGUUUAUGGUAUUCUAAUAUUCAGGUUGUAAGGGGUUGUCUGUCUCCUUAUUAGCAGUGUUCAUGCCUGACUUGCUGGCUUCUUAAUAUGCCAUGUUGUAGUCCCCUGUACCUGAGAAGGGAGAAGAGUCAUCAGACUCAUCUGAGUAGAAUGUCUUGCUCAUUUGCAGGGCAAGAGAGAUAUUUGAGGAGGCAUACUUUUCCAACAGAGUUUUGGAUUUUUCCUCUGAUGCAUUGAAAGUGAAUCAAAAGUAUUAUAUCAUUUGGAUUUGUAUUGCUUCCCUUUGUAUGGUUCCUGAGCUCGAGGUUUUUCAAAGUGGCACUCCACAGUCUACACUAUAAGCAUCAAAAUAUGACCUAUAGCUCAAUGACUGCAAUGGUGAUAAACAUCUGCAGCCUUGUUUACAUUUUUGUAUCAUUAUUAUUUGUAAAAUGCCACAAGCUUGUCCAUAGGGCUGAGAUAUGGCACGAUGUAAGUGUACCUUUUUUAAGGGGGAGAGAAUGAAAAUGCUGUUUUCAGGACAAUGUCACUGAACCAUGCACUUGACCAUAUUCUGCAGAGGGGAUUUUGAAUGACUUCAGUAAAUGGACACUUUGUUCACUGCAUGAUGGUAGCUAUGUCCACAAAUCUGCAUCUUGAUCAAUUUUAGGCCUUUGAAUUCCAUAAUGUGAAACAUGAUACAGUGGAACCUCGGUUAACGAACUUAAUCCGUUCUGGAAAGUUGUUCGUUAUUGUUCGUUAUCCGAAGCAAUUUUUCCCAUAAGAAAUAAAGGAAAUAGAUUUAAUUGGUUCCCA